AUGAACGUGCUCCAGCCCGAGGCGGAGAGGGAGAGCAAGGUCGACAUCGACAUCGCGGCCGAGGUCCGUGCAGAGGUCGACGUCGUCGUCCCGGAAGGCUCGCAGGCAGAGUCGGGCACGUACGCGUUCGUGUCGCUGACCGCGGCCGAGGCAAACGCGCGCCUCGCCGCCCUCGCCCACCCGACGCGCACCACCUUCGAUACCGUGACUGGCCGCUCCGCCGAAGUCGUCUCUUUCCAACCCUGCCAGAGCUACAGCUCCCAGGACCGGCACGUCGUCAAGGAACUCGAUAUCCGCGGCCAAAAGUGGACGUUCACUGGCGUGUUCGACGGCCACCUCGGUGACGCCACCGUCCAGCACACAGCGCACCACCUCCCCAUCAUCGUUUCCGAGUUCCUCCACAAGGUCGUCACAGGGCCCUCCGCUCCGCUGCCCGCGCCCGACGUCGUGUCCGACAUCCUCGCGCGCGCGAUCAUCUCCUUCGACGACGCCAUCGCCGGCGACGUCCUCGCCCUCUUCCCCGGCGGCCUCGCCGGCCUCCCCGCGCGCUCCAGCGCUGAGAUCCGCACCGUCCUCAACGACUACUACGACGGCGGACAGAACUACCAGAAGGCGCGCCUCUGCAUGUACGGCACCACCGCACUCGUCGCGCUCGUCGACCCCGCGCACGAGCACCUCUGGGUCGCGAACCUCGGCGACUCGGACGCCGUCCUGGUCUCGCAGACCGUCGCGGGCGCGUGGGAGUGCGAGCUCCUGAAUAACAUCCACAAUGGCGACAGCGAUGCCGAAGUCGAGCGCGUCCAGCGCGAGCACCCCGGCGAGGCCGAAUGCGUGCUCGACGGCCGCGUCCUCGGCGCCAUCGCCCCCUUCCGCUGCAUCGGCGAUGCCCCGUUCAAGCAGCCCGCCCUCUUCACCCGCCGCAUCCUCUACAACCUCUACCCCGGCAUCCCCGACUCGAGCCCCUGGGACGCCUUCCUCGACCGCAACCUCACCCCGCCCUACAUCUCUGCCCGCCCCGAGAUCACGCACCGCUCGCUCCGCGCGUACGCCCUACCGUGCGGCCUCGCCGGCACUGGCGACGCGGGCGUGGGGGUGGGUGCGGGCAAGGGCAGGCCGUAUCUCGUCCUCGCGACCGAUGGCCUCGCUGAGCUCUACGACGGCUUCGCGCGCGAGGAGAUGGCGCAGGACUGGGCGCGCGUCGUCGGCGCCGCCGUCACCGCGUCGCGCUCUCCCUCCCACUCCCACUCCCGCGCCCACGCCCACGCCCACGCCCACGCCCAAGCGGCGCCGGAGGAGAACGUCGCGCUCGCGCUCCUGCGGCACGCACUUGGCGACGACCUCGUGACCGUUUCGCAGCUGCUGACGCUUGACAUGGACAGGCCGUGGAUGGACGACACGACGAUCGUCGUGCAGGCCCUGUGAGCGAACGCAUAAGCGUAAGCAACACCUCUCUCUUCUCCUUCCUCGCGCGCGCCUCUCUCGCGCCCCUUCGUUCUUGAUGGCUCCCUGACUCUAAGGUACUCGAUACUCAACUAGCACGUUAUAUAUACCACAGUAUCUAUACAUACACCCCGCCUCGAUCAUAUUUUCUCCUCGCUUAGUAGCAGCAGCAGUAUUAACGUAGCCUAGCUCACAUCUCUCCAUCUCUCCUCUCCAUCUCUCCCCCUCUCGUCUCGCCUCUCCGACCCCUUGAUCCGCCCCGCACGAUACCCUACGUCCAGCCCCCUUCCACUUUAAUAUCCACGCCCCGCCCCGUCCCGCCCCGCCCCUCUGUCCGUGUACCCCGCCACAUAUGUCCCUAAUACUCCCCUCCCUUCCCUUCCCCGCCCGUCCGUGCUUCUCUGUGCAUAUGUAGCCUCCCGAUCCCCGUCCCGCGUGUUGUUCUGUCCUGUCCUGUCUUGUUCUGCCCUGUUCUGCCCGCCGCCCGCUCUUCUCUCCGCGCGCCGAGCUACUGUAUACCUACGUAUCCUACUACUACAUAGCCGCAACGCUUGCCUUGCUU